UCUCUCUCUCUCUCUCUCUCUGUGUUCUAUAAAACGGUGGACAAAAAGGUUAGCCCAUUGAGCUACUCAUGAUCACUCGCACAAUUCACCACGUAAAGCCAAUAACAGUGAGAGAGCUCUAUGAGCAUGGCGUUUAAGGGUCUUCUGGUUGCAAUUUGUAUUUGGGUUUGGUCAGGCUCCUUGGCUGCUGCAAUAUCCAAUGAUGGGCUACUGAGAAUUGGUCUCAAGAAGCUGCCUGUAGGCCUCAACAGAUUGAAUGCUGCAAGAAUCACCAAGACAGAAGUUUCUCAACCUAGAGGUCUGGGGGAUGUAAAUAUUAACUCCAAUAAUCUUAAAGCUAAUAUUGUAUAUCUGAAAAAUUACUUUGAUACCCAAUAUUAUGGAGAGAUUGCUAUUGGUUCUCCCCCACAAUACUUGGCUGUUGUCUUUGAUACUGGCAGCUCCAAUCUUUGGGUCCCAUCUUCAAGAUGCAUCUUUUCUAUUGCUUGUUACUUUCAUUCAAAAUACAGGGCAAGCAUAUCGAGUACCUACACUAAAAUUGGUAAUCUUUCCUAUCCCUUACAUUUGAGAAUACCCUGCAAAAUUCCUUAUGGCUCUGGUUCCAUUUCCGGCUACUUCAGUGCGGACAAUGUUAAAAUUGGGGAUGUGAUCAUCAAAGAUCAAGAAUUUGUUGAGGUUACUAGGGAAGGAGUCCUUACAUUCUUAGCUGCACGGUUUGAUGGGGUCCUUGGACUUGGAUUUCAGGAUAUUUCUGUUGGCGAAGCCACCCCAGUGUGGUAUAACAUGGUGCAACAAGGUCAUAUGAGCCAGCAAAUUUUCUCUAUCUGGCUAAAUCACGAUCCAACAUCAAGGGUGGGAGGUGAGAUCGUCUUUGGUGGAUUUGAUUGGAGGCACUUUACGGGUGAUCACACCUAUGUCCCGAUUUCAAAAAAGGGUUACUGGCAGAUUGAUGUUGGAGAUGUUAUUAUUGCAGACAAUUCCACAGGACUAUGCAAGGGUGGCUGUGCUGCCAUUGUGGACUCAGGAACAUCCUUCCUUGCUGGUCCAACUACUAUAGUGGCUCAGAUCAACCAUGCCAUUGGAGCAGACGGAUAUGCAAACUUGGAAUGUAAAAAUGUUGUUUCCACUUAUGGAAAUUUGAUAUGGGAAUAUCUAGUAUCUGGGGUACGGCCUGAUAUAGUGUGUGUGGAUAUCGGUCUAUGUUCAUAUGAUGGAUCUCGUAAUGUGAAAAACUAUAUUGAGUCAGUGAUAGAGAAUGAAACUGGGAAGGAGUCAUCAGUUGAUGAAACUCCUCUAUGUACCUUGUGUGAAAUGGUUGUCUACUGGAUUCAGCUGCAGCUUAAAAAGCAAAUAGCAAAGGAAAAAAUAUUUAGCUAUGUGAAUGAGUUGUGCGAGAAGCUUCCAAAUCCGUUGAGAAGGUCAUUUGUCAACUGUGAUAACAUUGCAUUCAUGCCAGAUGUUUCAUUUACAAUUGGGAACAAAUCCUUCACCCUCUCCCCAGAACAGUAUAUACUUAAAGUUGAAGGAAAAUGUUCUAUUGUCUGCCUUAGUGGAUUUGUUGCUUUGGAUGUGCCUCCCCCGCAAGGUCCUCUAUGGGUUCUUGGAGCUCUGUUCUUGGGAGCAUACCACACAGUGUUUGACUUCGGUAAUCUCAGGGUAGGAUUUGCAAAAGCUAUAUAAUUCAUAGUUUAGUAAUCCUUUGAUUAGACCCUUUGUCUGUAAAUUGUUUAUGCUAAUACUAAAGGUAUAGAUAAUAUGGAAGCAGUAGAUGGUAGAAGGGCCGUCUGUAAUUGUCCGUCCAUAAAUAAAAUACCUUCCAUUUGGUUGGUAUGGAUUGCCAAUAAGAUAGCAAGAGUUGCUAAAUA